AUGCCGCGCGAUGACCGCGCGGACGCGGACGCGCGCGCGCGCCCGUCGUCGAGGCGCGCGGACGCGCGCGCGCGCGGGGCGUCGACGGCGACGGCGUCGACGGCCACCGACCGCGUCGCGCGCGAUGCCGACGCGCGCCUCGACGACCGCGCGGUGGACGACGGGGACGAGCGAUACGUCACGUACGAGGCGCGGACGAGCGCGCGGGAGACGCCGCGCGCGGAGUUUCGGUUGACGUGCCCGGAUAAGACUGGUUUGGGGGCGGAUAUCUGUCGCACGGCGUUCGAGUUCGGGUUGGUGGUCACCCGAGGGGAUUUCACCACGGAUGGGGUGUGGGCGUUGGUGUUGUUGACGGUGCGCGCGGGAUCGCCGGAGGGGGAUCGGGCGCGGGAGAUGGGGUCGGCGGAGGACGACGACGCGGACGCGGACGCGGACGAACGCGGACGCGGACGGCGGGCGAGAGAAGGGGGGUGGGGGGUCGUGGACGCGCUCAGGGAGUACGCGGGGACGUUCAUGGCGAUCGUGCGUCGACGCCGAGGGUUUGUGGGGGCCGGGGGGGGGGAACGGCGGAGCGCGACGCCGAGGCCGGCGACGCGAACGGGCGAGCCCCACGAGCCGACGUCUUCGUCAAAGCUCUGGCGCUACGACGUCGACGCGAGCGAACACGGAGGGAACUUGGCGCUGACGGAGAUGGAAAAUUUACCGCGAACCGCCGUCGUGGACUGGGAGCUACUGCGACAGAGGUUGGAGCUGUUGUGUCCACACAAGAGCGCGCUGAGCACCAUUCCGUCGGUCGAUUCCCUUGAUAAAUUGGAGGAAACGCACUCGCAACAGAGUCUGUACAUCUUACAAGUCGAGGGACACGAUCGCGUUGGAUUGCUGCACGACGUCACGCUCGCGCUGUGGGAGCUUCAACUCACGCUGCACAGAGCGCACGUGACGACGUCGCCGAGCGGAAACGCCGUCGAUCUCUUCUACGUCACGGAUGAUUUGCACGAGCUCCCUAACCCGGCGCGCGUGGGAGAGAUAUCGCGAAAGAUCAAACCCGUCGUCGCCUCGACGCCGGAAGAGGCGAACCGAGUGAACAUAUUGAUUCACCCGGCGCCGGCGUUCGUCACGCGCCAAGGUCGAAUCAAGACCUUGCGCGCCGCGGAGGGAAUGGUCGUCACCCAGGCGAACGAGGUCCCGAGCGAUUUUGAGACCAUGGUUGAGGUGGAUAACCUCAUGAGCCCGGCGCACACGGUGUUCCAGGUUCGAACUCGCGAUCGCCAAGGCUUGUUGUACGACUGCUUGCGCGUGUCCAAGGAUUUGAAGGUCUCCGUGAGCUACGCCAAGGUGGAGAUCGUGGACAAGGCGGUGUGCGAGGUCGUUCUCUUCACCAGGAAGAACAAAGACCAGGAACAGACGGAUUACUUGUGCGCCAAGUAUAAGGAACACGUCGAUCGACCGAUCAAGGUGGAGAUGCUCAGCGAGAGUGGCAACGCCCUCACGAGCGAGCUCCGCGUCGUGGCGCCUCUGGACAUCGUCGGUCACACUCGGCCGCGCGUCUUGCUCGACGUCACCGAGGCUCUACAAGACCUCAGAGUUAUGGUUUUUAAGGCGGACAUCAUCACCACGCCUCGAACGGAGGGUAAACAACUUCAGGAAGAGGUGCAUCGAUUCCUCCUCACCGACGUCAACGGAGAACCACUCGCGACCGAUGAGGCCCGCCAACAGGUAUGCGAUCGCGUCAUCGCGGCGUUGUUGCGCUGA